AUGGUAACCCGGAGAUCGCACAAAAAGUCUCGCAAAGGCUGCGACCAAUGUAAGCGAAGGAGGGUCAAGUGCGAUGAAGAGGACCCAUGUCGAAAUUGCUCACGGCGAGGCAUGGACUGCACGUUCGAGCACCGCACGAGCGCCACACCCCCCACCGAGAGGACACCCCAGAUCGGGACCAUCCUCUCCGACGUAAGAGGCCGCAUGCUCGCAUCAAGCCACGAUGCCCCAACCUCUAUCUCUCGACCACCCAGCGGGGACCCCUUUCGCGCCUUCAACGACAGAUUAGCAACGGGCACCUGGUUCCCUCAGGAAUGGACGAGUCAGGAUCCUGAGCUGAUGCAUCAUUAUACGCUGCACACGUCCAAGACAUUGGCGCGGCGUCCGGAGAUGCAGGAGGCGUGGCAGGCCACGAUACCCGAAAUCGCGUACGGGUACGAGUUCCUCAUGCAUGGCAUUUUGGGCCUGUCGGCGCUGCAUCUCUCAUACCUAAAGCCCGAAAAGUAUAGCCAUUACCUCGCCAACGCGGGGUUCCACAUGUCGCUGGGGCUGCGGUCCUACCGGCGGAUUCUCAUGGCUCCGUCGCAGGAAAACUGUUUCGCUCUUUUCUGCUUUUCGGGGCUUAUCAUGGUCUAUAUCUAUGCUUCGCCGAUGGAUCCCCUCGAGUCGCAUUCGGCGGCUGGGCUUGAUUCGAUCUUUGAACUGUUUGGACUGUGUCGAGGGACUCUGGUCCUCCGCCCGUUCUUUGACCACAUACAGCAAAGCCCCCUGGUGCAUCUAUUCCGGCGGGAGUUCAUGGACAAUGAUGCGGAUCAGCCGACAAACCAGCCGCCUCUCUUCCCCGACCUCCCCGACCACCUCUCCACCCUCUCAACCCUAAUAACCUCCGAAAUUCGCUCCUCGGCAGACCAGCCCACCUUCCACCAAGCCCUCUCCCGGCUCCGCGCCUCCUUCGCCUCGAUCGAAAACGCCACGCCACCCCUCGAAUGCGGCAUGCUCUACCUGUGGCCGCUCUCGGUCGAGGAGGAAUUCUUCACCUUCCUCCGACAGCGACACCCCGUCGCUCUUGUGCUUCUGGCGUUCUACUGUGCGCAGCUUCUUGUCUUUGAGGAUUACUGGUUUGUAGGCGGGCAGGGGAGGGUCUGGUUCCGGAGGGUUGAGGAGGCGUUGGGCGGGAGGUUUGGGGAGUCGCUUGAUUGGCCGAGGCGGGUUUUGGGGGUGUGA